AUGAAGAUGGUCAAGGCCUAUGGUGGUUCACCUGAAUGGAAGCCUGAAUACCUUAUUGUGAAAUCGUUGGAAAAGUUUUGUGUUGCUUGGAACCAUCAAGAAGUAGAAGGUCUCGGGGUGAUAAAGGAUGAGUGGUCCAAGGAGGAUCACGAUAGCGUCGAGAAGUUUGCCGACGAUUUGAAGAAAAUCUUGAAGUACUCCAAGCUUGUUAAAUGGAGUGACGUGCAGUAUUACGUUCCCCUUGUUCUUGUCGAGGAGGGGAAAGAUACUAACAUUUUGGUUGAGGAAAAAAAAGAUGAAGAAGAGUCAACUACUGUAGCUGUUGGAGCCAAGAGGAAAAGGAAGAGACUCGUGAAGAUCUCUGACAAGGAGAAAACAAAGAAGGCAGAUGUUCUCUCCUCGAAGUCAACGGUGCAAGGAGAGAAUACCAUGCCUCCUGCAAUGGAGAAAAUCAGUGCCCCCCUUUCAACCGAAAAGGCCGCCACUCCCCAAGUAGAAGUAUAUCCAAGCACCAAGGCACCUAUCGUGGACAAAGGGAAGGACCCGCUCGAGGAGGAAGCAACCAUUAUGCCAUCCCGUGCAUUCGAGGGAGGACCAAUUGUGGCAGUUCAUACUUUUGGCGAUCCUCCAACCAUUGAAUGCCCCUUGUUGGAAGAGUUUGCUGCCUCGACGAGUGAAGUCUCGAUGGCAUACUUGAUGCACUUGAGGAAUUUAAAGGAGGAGUUGGUCCAGGCUCGGAUCGAGAGAGACCAAGCGCUUGUUGAGAAAGCCGCUCUGGAGGAGAAGAAUCAGCAGAUACAAGCCAAAGAGCAGGAGUUAGCAUCGGUGCAGGGGAGAUAUAUUGAGUUGGACGAGAAGCUGAGGGCUUUUGCAGAUCUGCAUAUCUCGAGGGAGGACCUCCACAAAUGA